CACAAGUCAGUCAGUCAGUCAGUGGGAUAGACAGAGUGAUCGGAGGAGAUCGGCGGUGGCGGCACCGGCACAGCAUCCCGCGAGUGUUUGUGCUCUCGAACGUGGAUUUUCACACAUUCCUCCCGUUCAGUUAAAUUCUGUUCUUCUCCCUCGUCGGCGUCUUUUUGUGAAAUUCGGUGUCCGAGUAGUGCGUGUACGAGGCCGCCGUGAUGACGGCCACCAGCACCUGACCCCGCUGGACGCUUCCUCAUUUCACUCGCAGAUUGAGUUUUGGGUCUACAAUUUCAGGAGCACUGGGUGAUGGUGGAGCAAUGAUCUGGAGGUGGCGCCGCCCCUUGCCCCCUGAGGCAGCCACCGUCCCACGAUUAUGCGAAUAGUCCUGCUGCUUGUGGUGCUGUUCGUGGCCGCCUGGCUGCCCGCGGCCGUGGCCGCUGGUCUGCCCACCAACUCGACGCUCAUGCUGCACCGAAGGGCGCUCCGCAAAGCCCGAUCUACAGAGAAACCACUGGUACCGCCUUGGGAUCCAUAUGUCAAAAUCAGCGUCAAGGAAAUGCAGGAAUAUUUAGUGUUGCAUGGCACUCAAGACUGUUGUCCCUCUACAAACAUUACAACCCCUAUAACGAAUGGCAAGGACAGAGACAAAAAUUCUGUAGUUGUUAUGAAUACGUCCGAUGGUCCUCAGAUAUUCUACGAGUUGGUCUGCCUACCGGAGGUGUUGAACAAGCCGUGCCGCUUUACGGACCCGCGCGUUCGCAACCAGACGCGGUGCGUGCAGAAACACUCUUACUCGUACGCCAUGGUGCACAACGAGGGUGACGAGCACCACCCGCGACUCGACUACAUCCACGUGAGGAUGGGCUGCGCGUGCGAGGUCAGCCCGAAGAUUCCGAAGAACAACAAACGCCGACACCACCACAAAGGCAACGUCGGCUAGGCAGACAUGACUGAUCCUGUACAUACACACUCUUAGCGUACACACUCUAGUUGUAAUAAUUAUUAUAUACUAUGACACACUACUAUAAUUAAUAUGUUCUAUGUAAUACGCAUUCAGAUGUAACUGCCAUCACCCCUCUCUAUACCUUUCUCUAUAAUACUCUCGUCAAUGUUGUUGCUCUUGUUGACAUUUUCAUGACGCUAAUCUAGCGCUGAGUUGUUUCUCGUAAUUUGCCAAUGGAAUUUUUGUGAAUACUCUGUAAACCAAGCAAAUAAACUUGUAUUGCUUACUUACCGCUCACACUCUUACACAUUUUUAAAUCUGUCUUUUAUUUUUAUCAUCUUAUUUAAGGAUUCUUAUUUACCUUGGCAAAUAGCACCUUCUUUAAGUCUUCAGCGCCAAUGUAUUUCUUUUUUUCUUUGCAAAACAAUCGUCGCGUGACACUUGAUUGAUUAUAAACGUCAGAAGUAUUUGAACCAAAUAAUUCCCCUAUGCUACGCAAUUUAUGAAAAUCACUUAUAGGCUUUCGAAUUAUAUUUUAAUGGAAAUUUUUGUUAGCUUAUAUUGGAAAAUAAAAAUCAAAUUGGAAUUAAUGUGUUCCAUCACUACCGUAAUUGAUGAUAUUCUUACAAAAAUAAACGAAGAAAUUAAAAGUUGCCAUUUCAAGCCCAUGAUUUACUUUUAACAUUUGGAAUUUGUUAAUUUUCCAAACAGACCAAAAUACAUGCUAAUGUAGCUUG